GUCAUUCCUUCGUCAAGCUGAAAAGUCAAACUCAAAAUUUGUAAAUUUGAUGAAAAAGUCUCAAAAACGGAUUACCAAAUUUAACUAAAUUGAAUUCUUUGGAUUGGGGUUAAAGUCGUAAGCCAAAGAGGUAGUUAAAAUUUUAAAAUGUCGGAGAUUUCGGACUGGUUCAACAGUUUGCCGUUCUUUACACGGUACUGGUUUGGAGGUACCUUGGCCCUUUCGCUAUUGGGACGAUUCGGUCUGGUCCCUGGUCAAUGGCUAAUUCUAAACUAUACACAAAUUUUCAGUCAUUUCGAGAUAUGGAGACCAAUCACAGCCUUAUUCUUUUACCCAAUUUCACCACAAACUGGUUUUCACUUUCUUCUCAAUUGCUAUUUUCUUAUAAACUAUUCGAAACUAUUGGAAAAUGGAGAAUAUCAAACUGUUCCGGCGGACUAUGCACUCUUGCUAUUGAUGAACUGGAUUUCUUGCGUGGUCUUUGGACUUUUCAUGAAUAUCAUGGUGCUGAUGGAUCCAAUGGUUUUGAGCGUCCUUUAUGUAUGGUGCAAUUUGAAUGCUGAUACAAUCGUCAGUUUUUGGUUCGGAACACAAUUUAGAGCCAAAUAUCUUCCGUGGGUCCUCUUCGGCUUCAAUCUUAUAUUGUCUGGAGGCGGAGUCCACGAGCUUAUCGGAAUCCUGGUUGGUCAUUUGUAUUUCUUCUUAAAGUAUCAAUACAUUCAACAAUACGGAGGACAAGAACUCAUAUCCACACCCACAUUCCUGCAAAACUGGUUCCCUCCAAGACGCGGAGUUGCAGGUUUUGGUCAACCGCCUCCAGGCCGACCUGCUGCAGCAGCAGGAGCAGGAGGUGGUGGUCACGGUUGGGGACGCGGAAACACCUUGGGUGGUUAAUUAUAUGAUUGAGUACUUUCCUACCAAACUAAAUUAAAUGAAAGCAUUACGAAUAUUAUAAGGUACAUAAUACAUAAUCCGUUUACUCUCUGUAAAUUAUUUUGUUUUGACACCGCUAUUCAUUUCACGAAUACUUUUUUAACCAAUGUGGGUCGUUUUGAUUGUAAUAAAAUGGUGUAUGUACAUGCAUAAAGGC